CUCAGCUUCCCACUACAAACAUGGCGCCCCUCUCCUGACGGAAGUCUGUCUGCUGGUACCGCCCUCUUUAUGUUUCCUCCUCUUUGUGCCACCGGAAGUUGUCCAGACUCAGUGAUAGAAGCUAUGGAGCAGGCGAAGAUGGCGUCUCCGAAGAGUGCUCCUAAAGAUGCUCAGGUUAUGGCUCAGAUUCUGAAGGAUAUGGGAAUCACAGAGUAUGAACCACGAGUUAUCAACCAGAUGCUGGAAUUCACAUACAGAUACGUGACAACAAUUCUGGAAGACGCCAAGAUUUACUCCAGUCACGCCAAGAAAAAUAGCAUCGAUGCGGAUGACGUCAGGCUGGCGAUUCAGUGUAGAACAGACCAGUCGUUCACCUCUCCUCCUCCAAGAGAUUUUUUACUAGAAAUAUCAAGACAAAAGAACCAGACACCUCUUCCAUUAAUAAAACCCUAUGCUGGACCCAGGCUACCCCCAGAUAGAUACUGCCUGACUGCGCCAAAUUACAGACUGAAGAACAUACAGAAAAAGAUUCCAUCAUCAGGAAGCAGAAUAACCGUCCCAAGGUUAAGUGUGGGGGCUGUAUCAAGUAGACCCAGUACACCUACAAUAGGGACUCCGGCAGCUCAGACAGUGUCCGUCUCUAAAGUUGGCGGCACCCCAGUGACUCUCACUGGACAAAGAUUUACAGUUCAGAUUCCAACUUCACAGACAACAGUUAAAACAGCUACUCCUACGACCCCCACCGUGCAGAACGUCCUGAUCAAUCCUUCACUGAUCGGAUCCAAAAACAUUCUCAUCACGACCAACACCAUGAUAUCAGCACAGAACGCAGCCGGCGAAUCCAACUCCUUAAAACGGAAACAUGAAGACGACGAGGACUACGAUGCAAUAUAAACAUUCUCCAAUUGAACAAUCCGCACAGUGUGCGGCAAAAGGGGGAAGACGACUUUUUAAAAUCUUUUUGUGGGAAAAAAAAAAAUCAUGGCUUUCAUUUUUUUUUUGACCAAUUACGAUAAACCUCACUAAAACAUUUAAACAUUACAAUUCCACUUCUUUUUAAAUAAAAUAUUAAUAUAAACGAGUUUUUGUGGACAUAACAGAGAUCCAAAAUAUAAAAAAAAAAUGUAAAUGA